CUCCGCCGCCAAUCGGAGUGCGACGGUCUUCCUUUCUCCCCGAUUGGUGGAGAGCGGAGAGGCGCGCCGGAAGUGCGUCGCUGCCGCCGGCCGGGAGCGGAGAGCGGAGGAUGAGCAAAGGCCGUGAGGGCCCCGCGGCGGGCGGAGGCGCCGCCGCCGUCCUGCUGCGGUAUCUGCGGGAGCAGAACCGGCCGUACAGCGCCCAGGACGCCUUCGGGAACCUGCAGCGGGAGCACGGGCUGGGCAAGGCGGCCGUGGUGAAGGCGCUGGAGCAGCUGGCGCAGCAGGGCCGUGUCCGUGAGAAGGCCUACGGGAAGCAGAAGAUCUACUUCGCCGACCAGGAGCAGCUCCCAGCCGCCAGCGAUGCGGAGCUCCGCGGCCUGGAUGGGGAGAUCGCCACGCUUUCCACCAAAGUGCAGGCGCUGCAGCAGAGCUGCCGGCAGAUGGAGGCAGAGCUGAAGGACCUGAACAGCUCCAUGACAACCCCUGAGAUGGCCAGAGAGGUUGAGGAGUUGAGGAAGGACUGUGCAAGUUACACAGACAAACUGGAGAGGAUUAAGUCUGCCACCAACCAUGUGACCCCAGAAGAGAAAGAGAAGGUCUGUAGCGAGCAGAAGCUGUACUGCAAGGAGUGGCGGAGGAGGAAGAGAAUGGCGACCGAGCUGCUGGAGGCCAUUCUGGAGGGGUACCCCAAAAGCAAGAAGCAAUUCUUUGAGGAGGUUGGGAUAGAGACAGAUGAGGACCAUAACAUCACGCUGCCGGCAGCUGUGUGAGGCGCUGAGGGAGUCUGUGCCCCGGGGAGGGGAAGGAGCUAAUCCUGAAACUCAGCUGUUGGGUUAUUUGGGUUUUUUUUUCAUUCUCCUCUUUUUGCAGGGCUUGGGCUGGUCCUGUAUAUUUCUAUGCGUUUGUUCUAAAAUGCUUUGCAGCUGGAAGGGUGGCUGGAGGGAGUGACUUGGCACUGAGCCCUCUCAGUCUCACUUGCAGAGGGAAUGUUAUUUCUUCCUGCCCUUUGGGGCCACGGGCAGGCAUCCUCAUGGGACUGUGUAGGGGAAGGUGUAAGUACUCUGUUGUAGAGUCCCUGGUUUUCCAGUAAGAAGAGGAAGCGAGUGCCUUGUGGCUGCAAUGCUCUAUGUGUGUUUCAGCCACUGCCCCCAGUACGAGUGAUGGAUACGGAGAAUAUGGUCCAUUAAACCCCAUGCUUUUCUUUCA